AUGGCAUUGAUGCCUUCUUCUAUCACCCUCUUCCUUAUCCUCCUUCCCUGCAACUUACUACCAUGUUCAAGUGCACGAACAUGGAUCAAAGCUGGUUACUGGUAUGCCGGCAACAGAUUCCCCAUUUCUGACAUAAACUCAGCUCCCUUCACUCACCUCAUGUGUGCUGCCGCAGACCUCAACUCUUCCACUUUCCAGCUUUCCAUCCCUUCUGAAUACGAUAAGUUUUUUUCUGCUUUCACCAACACUGUCAAACGAAAGAAUCCACAUGUUGUCACACUUUUAUCAAUAGGUGGUGGAUCAACCAAUGUCCCAAUUUUCUCCUCAAUGAUGAACAAAUCUUCUUAUAGGAAAUCUUUCAUCGACUCCUCAAUAACAACAGCUAGAUCUUAUGGAUUUCAUGGCCUCGACUAUAUUUCUUUGGAUUCAGCAACUACCGAGUCUGAAAUGUCCAACUUGGACACCCUACUCCAGGAAUGGCGGACUGCCAUUGAAGCCGAGUCAAGAAACUCAAAUGAUUCAAAGCUUAUUUUAACAAUGGUGGUUUGUUUCUCUCCAUAUCUUGGGACUGCAACAUUUCCAAUUGACUCUAUGAGGAACAACUUGGACUGGGUACAUCUUACGGCUUUUGAUUAUCACACACCACUUACGUCUAAUUUCACAGCGGCUACUGCAGCUUUAUAUGAACAGCAAAGCAAACUAAGUACAGAUUAUGGUGUUAAUGCAUGGAUCAAUGGAGGAUUUCCAAGCACAAAGCUUGUUUUGGGGUUGCCUUUCUAUGGCUAUGCAUGGACUCUUGUGAACCUUGAUGACAAUGGAAUUGGUGCACCAGCAUGGGGGCCUGCGCGUCAUUUUGCCAUGGAUGGAUACAUGACUUAUAAUGACAUAAAGGGGUUAAUACAGGGCAAUAUGUAUGGAGCUGUUUCCACGUACAAUGCAACUUAUGUGGUGAACUACUGCAGCCUUGGACCAACUUGGAUUAGUUUUGAUGAUGUUGAGGUAAUAAAAGUCAAGGUUGCAUAUGCAAGAGAAAAGAAUUUACUUGGUUAUUUUGCCUGGGAAGUCUCCCAAGAUGAUAAUUGGUUGCUUUCUCAAACAGCAGCACAAGAAGGAGAGAAACAUCAUCAGAACAAGAGGCACAUGUUGCUAAUCUUAGGUCCAACAAUAGCCCUAGCCAUUCUUGUACUAGUUUCUGCAACAUGGUAUCUCCGAGAGAGAGUACAGAGAGGAUCGAUGGACAAAGGAAGAGAAUUGCAAUUUAAACAAGAGAGUAUGCUGUCUAUUGGAAAUACUGAAAAUGAUCCCAAUUUGCUCAUGUUUCAUUUCAAUGAUAUUGUUGUGGCUACCAAUAAUUUUUCAUUUGAAAAUAAGCUUGGAGAAGGUGGAUAUGGACCAGUUUACAAGGGUAAAUUAAAGAAUGGACAAAUAAUAGCAGUAAAGAGACUUUCCAAAGGUUCUAAACAAGGAUAUGAAGAGUUUAAGAAUGAGGUCGUGCUCACUGCAAAGUUACAACAUGUGAAUCUUGUCAUGGUUCUUGGAUUUUGUGUUGACAGAGAAGAGCAAAUACUAAUCUACGAGUAUAUGCCAAACAAAAGCUUGGACUGGUACAUCUAUGAUUCAAUUAAAGGAUUGAUCUUAGAUUGGAAGAAACAAGUUCAAAUUAUUGAAGGGAUUGUUCAAGGGCUCUUGUAUCUUCAAGAAUAUUCAAGAUUCACUGUAAUUCAUCGAGAUUUGAAAGCGAGCAACAUCUUAUUGGACAAUGAGAUGAAGGCAAAGAUUCAGAUUUUGGAAUGGCUAGAAUCUUUCCAAAAGACGAGCUUGAAGCAAACACGAGCAAAAUUGUUGGAACAUAGCAAGUGACAUAAAUCAUUUAUACAUCAAAAUCUUUUCAAAUGUCUAUUUGGUCUUAUUUACCCAAAAACUAACAUACAAAUUUUCUUAUGUUUACUCAUGCAAUGCAGUGAAUAUAUCCCUCCUGAAUAUAUACGAUAUGGCACGUAUUCUACAAAAUCUGAUGUAUAUAGCUUUGGAGUUUUACUUCUCCAAAUCAUAAGUGGAAAGUCGAAU